UGUCAAAGCAAGGUCAUGUGCAGAGCAGCCAGGCUCCCACUGCCCAACCCAACCCCUCUAUGUGGUUUCAUGUGGCUCCUUACACUGAGAACUUGCUGCAGGCAUUGGGAGGAAGCCUCAGUGCAGUGCCAGAGCCCCAUUACAUUCCCCUGGAUUUUUUGUGCAAUCGAACAUAUGCUUCUGAUCCUGAAAUGGAGCAAGUUGUCAUGCUGGCAGUGGUUGGAACAGAUGCUAUGAAGAGUGCUGGAGAGCUCCUUCAUCAGAUCCUUCUUCCUGGCCCCAGUAGUUGGUCUCAGAGGCCAGUUACAGAAGAACCCGGUUUGGGAUUUGAGCUCCUUGGUCUCAAAUGGUUGUCCCAUCUCACUCAAUGUCAGGCCAAAGAAGUAACCCCUUUUGAAGUUGGAGAUACUUACUGGCAAAGCAGCCUUGGUACACUAAUGUCAAACCCAGUCCUUGUAUGUGCGUUACGGCGAAUCAAUGCUUUCAGAGUUCUUGCAGAUGCAUUGGAGAGAUUAACACAAUGGAGGGAGAAGCUGAGCAAAAGUGGCGGUCUUCUCCAAGUAGUAAUGGCCCUGACCCCAGAGGUGACAUUCAGGCAAGCCAUCCUGUUCUUCACAGAGACAGAGUUUGUAUCUGAUGCAGAACACAGCCCUGCUAUGAAAUACCUGCCACCACCUGGCAAGAGGGCCAAGGCUGAAGUGGGAGAGAGGCAGAGAUGCCACACAGAAUCUCUGUUCACCUACUUGCAAACAGGAGCCCAGAUUCUUUGCACAGUGCUGCUGAUCAAACCUGGUGCCUGGAGCCGCAGUUUUGCAAGGAUCCUCCGAAAACUAGACCUGGAAGAAUUCACUGUGGUUGGCAUGAAACACAUAAACCUGGAACCAGACAUUGCCUUAAGACUCCUUUCUUCUGAAGUGAAACAGGAUCCUGCUGUUUUAGAAGCUCACUGUUCCUACCUUACUUCAGACACUGCUCUUGUGCUGUGUCUUCAGAGGCCAAAUGCUGUGAAAAAGCUGGUAGAUUUACUGGGGCCAGAGGAUCCUAAAGUAGCCCAAGCACUAGAUCCAUCCCUCUGGAGGGCUCAGUAUGGCACCAGCAUAGUCCAAAAUGGAUUUUAUGGCUCUGAAUCCUAUCAAAUAGCUGUCCGGGAUAUGAAGCUGUUUUUCCCAGAAGGGCUGUGCUACAGUGAGUGUCAGACAUUAGAGGAGGAAGAGAUCUAUAACCUGAAACAUGACCCCAUAGUCAGUUUGGAAAUCAAGAAGCAGCGGAAGAUCAUAAAGCGUGGAGCAGGAGGGCAGCUCAGUUCACUGGGCUCUGAGCAACCAUGCAACCCUGAUCAGCCAUUGCUCGACAACCUCUGCCAAACUACUUGCCUCCUAUUACCUGGAGUGAGCCUUCGGGGUUCAGAACCCCCGCCUUAUGUGGAACUGCUUGAUGAGCUCAUUGGUACAGAUUUCACAGUGACUGGAGUACGUCUCACUGUUCUGGACAUGCCACAGGCUCGCUUCAUCUCCAAGACACUAAGCAGGGCAGGAUGCAGUGCUGCAGCACAGUGUUCUCUUUUAAAGAAUGGUUUGUGUCUUGUGCUGGCAGCACAGCGAGACAAUGCAGUCAUUUCCUUCGACUCCCUGCUGGACAGGGUCAGUUGGCAGAAGCAGUCAGUCCUGGACGCUGUGCAGCAUCUCCUUUAUCCUCAAAAUGAGAAACAGGCUGAAGAGCUGCUUUGUUGCCUUUUUGACUCCCUGACAUCUGAGAGCAUCCACCAGAUUGAAUCCCAGGAUUGCUAGCCAGGAUGGUCCAAGCUUCCAAGCAUGGGUGGAUGCUGCUGUGGGUAUCUGUGCAGAUGGACACUCAGGGGACACCCGGCUUUUAAGAGCACUGAUGUUUGUUUGUCAUUAAAACAUAACUUCUGAAGUAUGGUAUUAGCAUCAGUAAGAUAAAUGAGAGUGGUGGGAGGCAGGAUCAGUGCUCAAGAACAAAUCUUUCUGAACCGUAGUUGUGGUUUCUAGUGGAAUGUGUUCAGAGGCAAUCCGCUUGUAUUUGUGGAGCAGGGGUUGGAGCAUUCCUGU